GUCUGCCGGCUGCCCUCCCCACCCUGCCUCUGGAGCUCACUGUCCUCUACAACUCCCUGCUCUUCACUGCCGGAGCGUCCGACUCUGCCAUACAAGGAGAAGCUGAUGGAAUACGCCAGGGGCUCCUCAGGGUUCUGGAGGCUUGUGGGGCCUGUGGACAGGGCCUUAGCAUGGAGGAGUUGUGGCAGAAGGUGCUGCGGGAGGUAACCAUGGAGGAGCUGCAGUCACCACUGCACCGACUGGGGGCCCUACAGGCAGCCUGGUGGCUGGCAGCUGGCUACCUGGAAAAUGUUGUUGGCCUCUUCCACAUUCUCUGCUCUCUCUCCUCUGUGCAUUCACAGGAGCCGGAAAGAGCUCGCUGCAGUGAGGGGCAGAAUGAACUCCUCUCCCUGCUCAAGGCAUGGCCAGUACCUGCUGAGAAGGCCUCCCUGCCCCUGGUACAGAGCGCUGAGGACUUGAAAGAGAUCCUCUGCACUGCAGCAGCCUUCCUGCAAGGACUGCAGGAGCUGGAGGCGGGGAACUUCCCCACUGCCCUUUCCCUCCUUCAGGAAGCUGCAGGAGGAUUCUGCUCCAAGAAGGUCCUGGCCCAGAUCUACACCUGCCUUGGCUGCUGUGCUCAGCAAAUGGGCAAGCCUCAGACAGCCCUUCAGCACCUGAAACGGGCCCUCCAGGUAGACUUCCAGUGCCUUCCUGCCCUGUCCCAUGCGGCAGCAGUGUACCACGAACUGGGAGAGAUGGAUGCAGAGCUGCAGGCCCUGGCUGUACUCUACGAGGCUCUGGAAAAAAACCCUCCGGCAGCUGCUUCCUCUAGUCUCUGUUUCCUAAUCCGAACAGAGCUGCUUGUCCACACACCAAUACUCACUAAACUCCUUCGCCAUCGCCACCCCUCUGAAGUGAAGUACCUGCUGGCACAGCGUUGUCUCCAGGAUGGGAGGGUGGUUGAUGCAGUGGAACAUUACCUGGAUUUUCUGGCUCUGCUUCAGGAGAAGCUGCAGCAGCAGGUGCCCCUGGAUGGUAGCUCAGCUCUGCCCAGGAUUCCAGAGGUGUUCCUGGAAGCAGUGUCUGCCUUGGAGCUGGCUGGAAGGCAUCAGGAUGCCAUAACUGUGUGCGAGGAGGUCAUCAGCCGGACAACUCACCUGAUUCCACGGAUGUUACCAGUGGACAAGUGGCUGGAGCAGCCAGAGUGCCCAUCACCAGGGGCAGGACCAGUGGACAGACUCCUGUCCCAGAAGAAGGAGAGUCUGUGCUGUCUUGCCUGGAGAACAGCUGCAUACCUGCAUCAGGGCUGGGCAUGGGCCAAGCUGGGCGAGAGCAAAGAGGCCAUAACGCAAUUCAGCAGGUGCCUCAGUGACCUCCUGCGAGUCCAGCUCAAUGGGCCUGGCGUUGAACCAACAGAGAGUCUCCUGCCAGAAGUGGAGGUGCUCCAGAAGAUCCGAUUGCUCUCUCUCAUUGGGCGAGGUACACAGUUCCUGGAGCUGGGGAGGCACAAAGCAGCCUUACUGGAUUUCCUGCAUGGUUUGCAGCUCUCACCAGGUGACCCAGCUGCUGCCUCCUACCUGGUGCAGGCCUUGUGGAACCUGAACCGAAAGCAGGAGGCAGCUGAUCACUGGCAGAAGUUCUUCCAGACCUCUCCUGGGGAGGAAGGGCCGCAGAACAGGCAGGGAAGGCCCCUCCCUUUGUACCUGAUUUCAUGUCUGGAGCAGGCAAUGUUCCCACACAGUGAACCUCUUGCCAGGAGCAUACAGGAAUACCUCAGGACCACAAGCUAA